AUGUCACAGCAACCACAGGCCAUUGAUUUCGAGAAGAUACGAAAUGCUUCAGAUGGGAGUUUCCAGGGAAUGAUGUCCGUUGGUUUCAAGGAAGUGGUAUUGAAUAAUCCAUAUUUUGCAGCAGGUGGUGGCCUAAUGCUACUUGGCACAGGUUUAGCAUUGGCAAGACUGGGUAUAGUGAAAAGUUCCGGGUUCCUAUACCGUCAAAUGUUAGUGGACUUGGAAAUACCUUCCAAGGAUAAGUCAUAUUUGUGGUUUUUGGAAUGGAUGUCAAAACACAAAUAUAGAACUUCACGUCAUCUCUCGGUGGAGACGAAUGUCAUUACGCAUGAUAAUGGAGCCAUCACAACAAAGUUUUCACUUGUACCUGGACCCGGAAAGCAUCUUCUUAGAUAUAAAGGAGCUUUCAUCUUGGUUAAUCGUGAACGAUCGGGAAAAUUAUUAGAUAUGACCAGUGGAACUCCCUUUGAAACUGUCACAUUAACAACACUAUACCGAGAUCGGAAAUUGUUUAAUGAUUUAUUAUACGAAGCAAAGAAUAUGGCUUUGAAAGCUCGUGAAGGAAAAACAGUUAUUUUCACAUCAUGGGGACCUGAGUGGAGACCUUUUGGUCAACCGAGGUCAAAGAGAUUGUUGGGCUCAGUCAUAUUAGACAAGGGAAUUGCAGAAAGCGUUGUGGAAGAUGUCAGAGACUUUAUGGCUAGUGGAGAAUGGUAUCAUAGGAGAGGUAUACCCUACAGAAGAGGUUAUUUGUUAUAUGGACCUCCCGGUAGUGGAAAGACCUCAUUCAUACAAGCUCUUGCAGGGGAGUUGGACUACAAUAUCUGCAUUUUGAACAUUUCUGAAAACACCUUGACUGAUGAUCGAUUAAAUCAUCUUAUGAAUCACAUCCCAAAUAGAUCGAUCUUGUUGCUUGAGGACGUCGAUGCAGCAUUCAAUAAAAGAGAACAAUCAACUGAACAAGGUUAUACUAGUGGUGUCACUUUUUCAGGACUUUUGAAUGCAUUGGACGGUGUUGCCAGUGCAGAAGAGUGUAUAACAUUUAUGACCACGAAUCACCCUGAACGUUUGGAUCCAGCUUUGAUGAGACCCGGUCGUGUUGACUACAAAGUUUUGAUCGGUAAUGCUACAGAGUAUCAGGUUAAACGGAUGUUCCUUAGGUUCUAUGAAAACGAAAAAGAGUUGUGCGAGGCAUUUCUCAGCAAGUAUAGGAAGCUCAACUUGCAUAAUGUCAGUACUGCACAGUUACAAGGUUUGUUUGUAUAUAAUAAAAGGGAUCCGAAGGCAGCCAUAGACAUGAUUGAGACACUAAGAGAUCCCAACUCUGUAUUUUAG